UCGGUAGACGUCACUCAUCUGCAUAGGGAGUAAAAUGCAACCAUCCUGGAAGGCUUCUGUUCUGUCUUUGCUUCCACGAAACGCUCUGUAUCUCCCCCGUGCAAUAAAAGGACCUAAUAAUUGCUGCACCUCCGAAACUACAAACAUGGAAGGAGUAGGAUGUUACUAGCAUCCGCCGUAGUGGUAUGGGAAUGGCUGAACGAGCACGGACGCUGGCGGCCCUACAGCCCGGCUGUCUGUCAUCACAUCGAGGCAGUCAUCCGGAGCGACCCGCGCUGUGGUAGUGUCGUCCUCGGCCAGGUGGACUCUCGCCUCUCGCCCUACAUCAUCGAUUUGCAUUCCAUGCACCAGUUCCGACAGGACACAGGUACCCUAAGACCGGUGCGACGCAGCUUCUACGACCCCACAUCAGCGCCAGGCCAGGGCUGGUUGUGGGAGUGGGAGAACGACGCUGGCAGCUGGACAGCAUACGACACUGAGGUGGGCAUUGCAAUCCAGGCAGCGCGCGACCGUCAGCAGCCCUGGCUGGACCUGGCGCCGCUGGGUUUCUGCUACCUCAUUGACUUCGAAAGUAUGACCCAAAUCAAUGGGCAAACGCAGCGCUGCAGACGCAUCCAGCGCCGUUCUGAUCUGGCUUACCCGCUGGUUUCUGGGCCACUACCCAAGUCUCACCAUGCCUGGGGGCCAACGUCCAUGCCCGGACACGGAGGACUUCUAGGUGUUGAUGUAUCUGGAGUGGGCAUGGGGAUCCGGAUGAGCAGCAGUGGGACUGGAAACGGGAGUGCGUACCCCAGCGGGGCGCUCCCGGCUUCAGCCAUCACUUCCUUGGGACAGCCAUGCGCCUGUCAGCAGUGUAUGCUGGUGCUAAGUGUCAAAGCAGGCACUAUGUCGACCGCUCACACUCUCGGUCGAAGACCACCACAGACUAAACCACCAAGUCCCAAACUAAGCAGCCUCCCCAUCCCAGGAGGCUCUUAUUCACUAACCCUCCCUCGGCCUCCAACCCUGUCGAGGUCACUUUCCCCCCACAGGACAUCCAUGGUUGGGGCGACAGGUGGAUUCAACAUAGGUGGAAUGGGAGGUGCGGGAGGUAUGAGCAUGGUUGGUGCUAGCAGCGUUGGCACUACAAGCCUUGGCUACGGAGGAGGCUUCACCCAUUCUCUUUCCCUUCUUGGGUCAGCCACAGCUGGCCUCUCCAUCUCCUCCACAAGGCCCCCACCUCCUCCUCUCCCACCACCGCUGCCACCGCCCCCCCCACCCUCCACUACGCUAUCAUCUUCCACCACCUCCACCCCUCACCCUUCCACCUCUGUCUCCUCUCUCUCCAUUUCCUGUUCUGCCCCCACAGCACCUGCCUCAGGGCCACCUCUCAUCUCCACAGCUACAUCCACCUGCACCCCAUCACCUUCUGCCCGUGUCCUGGGUCCAGUGUCUUCAUCCGGUGCUGCCGCGGCUGCUGCCUGCGCAGCGCCCCUGCCACCUCGGUCUAGCCUCGCAGGGCUGAGCCGUCCCGCGCUGCAGCGUAUCGCCAUGGCUCAGUCGCGUGCCCUUAUCGCCUCUGGAGUGCCAACAGUUCCAGUGAAGAACCUGAAUGGAUCCAGUCCUGUACAUCCUGCACUGGCAGGUAUAACAGGCAUCUUGAUGAGCGCAGCAGGGCUUCCUGUCUGCCUGACCCGCCCUCCCAAGCUGGUGCUUCAUCCUCCACCUGUCAGCAAGAGCGACCUCAAACCUGUCCCGGGGUUGGGCCACUGCUGUCGCAAGACCACAAAGAAACAGGCCCGGAAAGGCAAGACUCCAGAGGAAGUGGUGAAGCGCUACCUCCAGAAAGUGCGAAAUCCCCCAGAGGAGGAUUGCACCAUCUGUAUGGAGGCCUUGGCCGGACCAUCGGGCUACAAAGGUCCUGGUGUGGGUGGCAUCUCCAGGGCCGAGUCGGUGGGUCGUCUGGCACAAUGCGGUCACCAGUACCACCUGCAGUGCCUCGUUGCUAUGUACAAUAACGGCAACAAGGAUGGCAGCCUGCAGUGUCCCACCUGCAAGACCAUUUACGGAGUAAAGACUGGCAACCAGCCACCCGGCAAGAUGGAGUACCAUGUCAUCCCGCACUCCCUGCCUGGCCACCCAGACUGCAAAACCAUCCGGAUCAUAUACAACAUCCCUCCUGGCAUCCAGGGCCCAGAGCACCCAAAUCCAGGCAAACCCUUCACUGCACGUGGGUUCCCCAGACACUGCUACCUUCCUGAUAGCGAGAAGGGACGCAAGGUUCUGAGGCUGCUUCUGGUAGCGUGGGAUCGUAGGCUCAUUUUCUCUGUGGGUACGUCGAGCACUACAGGUGAGAGCGACACAGUCAUCUGGAACGAGGUGCAUCACAAGACCGAGUUCGGCUCCAACCUCACGGGCCACGGGUACCCCGACCCCGGCCACCUGGACAAUGUCCUCGAAGAGCUCAAAGCUCAGGGCAUCACCGAGGAAGAGUGUCUACCCAGAGACUGAGCAGAGACAUUCACAGCACUGAAGACACAAGAAGAUACCAGGCGUGAGUCUUUAAACACAAUCCUGGGACUGGGAUCCGCAGCUAGGCGGACCAGUUAUUUUCAAAAUGUGACGAAACGAACAGAGGAAACUUUUACACCAGAUGAUGGAGAAGGACUAUAAAACAAAACCCCCAACAGAAAUAGCUUCAGCAGAAUUUGCUGCGACUCAAUUUUUUUUUUCUCUUACGACUGCAUGAGUCAGUUUUGAUACGUAUGUGGGGAAUCAUUUUCUUUCCUGAUGCAGUAACGGUGUCAAGGUUGCCGAUGUUACUCAGUGAGACAUUUGAGACCACUGUGCACAUACGAGUCAUUGUUAGUUUGUGGGGGAAACAAAAAUUGUCAUUUAUACUGUCAGACUUCAUAUCAAGAAUGUAACUAAUUGAUUUUGUUUUUCUUAAGUGAUGAAGUGUUUACCACUCCUGCUGCUGCUGAACCGAAUGGAAGUGAAAUUUAAGAAAUUAAUGUGGGUUCGUUUUUAAAGUGUUAGUCCACAAGCAGAAGCAGAUAAAUCCUUCAAAUGUUUAACUGGAUAUCUGAGCAUGGAUAUUUGCUGACCUCUAGUGGUACUUUUCCAGAACUACAUUCCUUUUUAGGUUUGAUUUUUAACUUGUGUUCUUGUAUGUUAUGAAUACUUCAUAUAUUAUAUGAUAUCAGUUCCAUUAAUUCAUGUUUUUUUAUACUAUAAUUUCACAUUUUGUUUAAUAUGCUGUGUUCCAUUGUAUUGUUUUGGGGUUUGGCUUGACAGACAAAGACAUGGGAGGGAAGUUUAGAUAAGCUGCUGGUGUACCAGAGUUUGCCUGAUACUUUAUAUGCCAUUUACCAGCCCCUUUCUUUAAAAACAAUCAUUUUUUUAGUAUUUUUCUAUUUAAGAAAUAAGCUGACAUUCCUGAAUCCUUUGGCCCUGAGAGCAUGGGUGUAUUUAACAGCUUUCUAUGUCUUCUUGUAUCUGCAUUAAUGUUAAUGACUGAUAGAGGAAACCCUAUCGUGGAUUAAUCCAUUACCCCCCUAGGAGGCGUAAAUUCCCCAAAAGCUAGGAUUGGACCUCCUGCCUGAGCUCAGAUUUGCACAGUGUUUUUUACUUAGUGUCAAAAGGAAACAGCUUGUAUCUACUGUAUUAUUUUUUUUCUUUUAUUGUGUAGGAUACACACCAGCCUCAAAUGCUCUAAUCACACUACAGAAUGUGGUCAUCGGUUGUAUUUGUCAUGUUUUGUUUUUUGCCAUGUGCGGUUCUAAAAGACUAUCUUGAUGUGGGUCCAGCUUGGGCCAAAGUGGUCCACUGUGGACCAGGUUGUUAUGUUAAAGAGAAAUGCAGCAGUAUGUGUCAACAUACUAAUGUAGGCCAACAUCAAAAGCAUUUUUACUUUAUGAUAUUUUAUGUAUGCACUGUAUUCUAUGUAUAUGUUUUAUGUGCAUAAAUUUGCAUUAAACAUUUUUCUAAGGUUCAAA